GGCGGCGGCAGUAGCGGUGAGGGUGGUCGCGACUUCAGUGUCGGUGGCAACGGCAGCGAUGGUGUUCGCUGUCCCGGAAGUGGGGAACCCGGCGGUGGCGGAUGUGACGUCAUCUGUGGGUUCUCCGAUAGUGGCCUCAUGGCCAAUGGCGGCGGACCCAUUGUGGGGAAGGUCCUGGGUACGGCUGGGGAUUUGGGGGGUGGAGGAAGCCCGUUUUGGGUGGUAGGCACCAGUAAGUUUACUGUACUUACGGUUUUAUGGCAUAAAUGGGUCUUUUUUAGGUUGGCAAGAUCUAAAGAGUGGUGUGCCACAGGGAUCAGUGCUUGAUCCUCAAUGUUUUACAAUUUAUACAAACAGAUGAAAGAAUUGAAGGUGUGGUUGCCAAAUUUGCUGAUGACACAAAGGUAGAGGGAAAAAUAAGCUGUGAUGAAGACUUAAGCAAGGUACACAAAUACGCAGAUAGAUUGAGUGGGCAGAGAUGUGGAAAACUGAAUAUAGUAUGGGAAAAUGUGAAAUUGGCUAUUUUGUCAAUAAGGUUAAAAAAGAAUCUAAAUGGUGAGAGAUUGCUGAGCUCUGAGAUGCAGAGGGAUCUGGGUGUCUUUGUGUCUGAAUUGCAAAAUGCAGGCAGAGCAAAAAAUUUAGAAGUUAAUAGUCUUUCUCAAAGGACAUUAGUGAACCAGACAAGUCUUUAUGACAAUUGACAGUGGUUACAUGGUCAGAUUUAAUUCCACAUACUUGUCAAAUUCAAGUUUCACCAUCUAUCAUGAUCAGAUUUGAACCAAUGUCCCCUUUAGGAAAUCUAGAUUACUAGGCCAGUGAUCUGAUCAUUGUACUAUUGCUAACCUUCACUGAUCCUCCUCACAGGAUCUCCUCUCUACCUCCUCCACAUUUCCUGCUCAUGUUGCAGAGCAAGUACCACUGCAGUUACUGCUCCCAUGCUGUGUAGUACAACAUAUGUUUCUGCCUUUCUGUGAGUAAAUGAAAAGUUCCUCAGGUGGUAACCUAUUGAAUUGCCUCAUUGAUUGCAACAAAACAGGGCACAGCAUUCUUCCUGAUGCUUGUUGUCUCAGGAGUGAAUACGGAAAACAUACUCUGCACAAAUGGUGCUCAAUUUAGUUGGCUUAUGUUGCGACAGCCAAUGAUCUUGCUCCUUCAACCUCUUCGGUCACACACAGGAAAGGCAUCUGCAUGUGUUGAUCCAGUUACUUGUUGCAAUUUGCGUCGGUUUCUUGGUUAAGACCGAACAUUGCCUCCAAUGCUGCAACACUGCAUAACUCGAAGCGCCAAUACAGAAGUGAAUUUCGUAGCUAUGGAGUUGAAAAAUGGACCAAUCUGAAAAGAUGUAGCUAUUUAUGGUGGAAACUGUGAAAAUAAAAGCAAAUUUAAGAGCGAGUCAAUGCUUUCAGGAAAAGAGGGGACAUAAACGAAGCAAGUUUUGUUUUUGAAAAGAGAACAACCUUAAAAAAGUGUCUUAUUCAAAAUAGAGUCAGCAAGGCUCACUUAGUACAUUCACGUUUAAUAACUGAGCCUACGGAUUUGAUUGAAAUAAAAAGAACUUGAAUAUCAGUUCUGUGCUUUGUAGAAAUUUGUAGGAAAAUUUAGAAAUUAAAUUAGAUUAGUAAGCCUGGAGCAGUGAGAUACCAAUCAGACGUGGUUUUGAUGUAGAAACGGAAAUGGUAUUGCACAACCUUUGUGAUUGACUCGGCAAAAGAGUCUCGUGCAGUUGUAGCAGAUUCGCAGCUGCUGCCAAGAUGAACUUUAAUCAUGAUUACCUGCAGUUAAUACUGACACUGCAGUACACUCAGGUUCUGCUUCAAACAACUGAAGCCAUCCCAGACAGGAUAAAAGUCUCUCAAACUCCUCCAGAAAUCAAUGUCUCUGAAGGAAAUUCUAUCAACAUGGAAUGUUCUUGCGAAGAGGAUGUACAAGUGGAAAGCAUUAGGGCAGAUUGGACCAAAGACUCAGAAUCGAUCCUCAAUGCAACCAGUUCAAAUGGUUCUGUAAAUCAAGCUUACAUCAACAGACUCUCUUACUCUGUUGAAAAUACAAAAUCAAAGGUGACAAUCAAAAGUAUUACUCGAGAUGAUGCAGGACUGUAUCGCUGUAACAUGUUGAUUGAAAUACCACCACCAGUUCGAAGAGGCUAUGGAAAUGGAACAAUAUUGACAGUGCAAGCACACAAAAAUACACCCGAAUUGGGAGCUAUUGUAGGAGCGUUGGUAUUGUUGUUGAUAUUGGUUCCUGUAGUUUUAUUUUACAAGAAACAACAGAAAAUUCAGAGAAAUGCAAGAAAUACAACAGCAGUACCAGUCCUGUUUGAUGCUGCAAGAGAAGAGAUUAUUGAAGAAAAUCAGGAGAAUGAAGGGAAUGAGGAAAACUCAUCUUCAAGAGGCUCAACUCAUUGGCUGGCCUCAUCAUUGUAUGAAUCGUUUGACUACUUUGCAAUCCAAAAUGUAAACGAAGAAACCAGAUGCACAGUCUCAUCCAGAUGAAUCUUCAACAUACAUGUGAAAGUAGAAGACUAUUUUCAAAAUUGACUUUGUUCGUAUUUUAAAUUUUUCACCAUUUCAGGAAGACCAAGAGUGAAGGCUGCUUUCCAACUGGAGACUUGGCUGUUGCCAUGUGUUAACAGAAGCUGUGUCAGGUCAGAAAAUUGACUGCAGCACCAAUUGAAACACUGUGGAUCAGAGAGAUGAACAAGUUCAUUGUCUUUUCUGUUGCCAGCUAUUGUAUGAGGUGAGGCACCAAAUGGUGCAGAACCAUCAUCCCAGGAGGACUUUAGGAAUGGAAUGGAUGCAAGAUCUCUGCAAAGGGAGGUCGUGGGAGAAGAAUAGUUGAUCCCAUUACUAGACAUUAACAUAACUGCACAAAAAAUCAUAAAUCUGUGAUUUUGUGAGACCCAAUCUAUUUUUACAGUUUGAAGUUCAUUUAGAGAUUAUGAUCAUGGAUUGUAGUGACAGUUGUGAUGUUUAGACAGCAGAGUGAUGCAACACUGUGGAAAGUUGCAAUGGCCCCUCCCUGAGUUUCCUGUUUUCAGCUUUUGGUGAUUCUGCAAGAUGUCUGCCAAGCCAUCAUUGCAACCCAGAAAAGGAAAGAAAAUCAAAGUUUCAACUUUUUUUUAACAUUUGCUCAUGAGAUGUGUACAUCAUUGGUUUCACCAGCAUUUUAUGCCCAUCACCAGGUGCCCUGGGGUAUGUAGUAGAGAGCUGCAUUCUUAAACCAGAUCAGUCUAUAAGGUGUUAUAGAACAUGGAACAUAAAACAUAGAACAGUACAGCACAGUAUAGGCCCUUCAGCCCAUGAUGUUGUGCCGAACUUUUACCCUAAACCUAAGGUCUAUCUAACCUCCACCCCUACCUUAUGUUAUCAUCCAUAUGCCUAUCUAAUAGCCGCUUAAAUGCCCCUAAUGAGGCCGACUCCACUACCCUCUCCGGCAAUGCAUUCCAUGCUCCUACCACUCUCUGAGUAACGAACCAACCUCUGACGUCUCCCCUAUAUCUACCUCCACUCACUUUAAAACUAUAUCCCCUCAUAAUAGCUACCUCCACCCUAGGAAAAAGUCUCUGGCUGUCCACUCUAUCUAUACCUCUGAUCAUUUUGUACACCUCUAACAAGUCACCUCUCAUCCUUUGUCGUUCUAAAAAGAAAAGCCCUAGCUCUCUCAACCUUUCCUCGUAAGACCUUCCCUCAUUCCAGGCAACAUCCUGGCAAAUCUCCUCUGCACCUUUUCCAACACUUCCACAUCUUUCCUGUAAUGAAGCGACCAGAACUGGACACAAUACUCCAGAUGUGGCCGAACCAGGGUUUUGUAUAGCUGGAGCAUAACUUCACGGCCCUCGAACUCAAUCCCUCUAUUAAUGAAAGCUAACACACCAUACACCUUCUUAACAACUCUAUCAAACUGGGUGGCAGCUUUCAGGGAACUGUGGACAUGAACCCCAAGAUCCCUCUGCUCCUCCACACUGCCAAGAAUCUUGCUGUUAACCCUGUAUUCUGCUUUCACGUUUGUCCUUCCAAAUAUAGAAUAUAGAAAUGGAUUGUCUGACAUGAUGGCACAGAUAUGUGGUUUGAAGCUCAUCUCAGGGUCAAACAUAAAACCACGAUUGUGGGCAGUCUAAACUUGGAGGAGUCUGUGAAGGGAUAUAGACAAGUUAGGUGAACAGGCAAAAAUUUGACAAAUGAAGUAUAAUGUGGAAAAUUGUGAUCUUGUUCACUUUGGCAGGACAAGUGGACAAACUAUAUAUAAUUUAAGUGGAGAGAGAUUUCUGAAUUCUGUGGUGCUAAGGGAUCUGGGAGUUCUGGUAUGCGAAACAGAGUACAUUAGUAUACUGGUGCAGCAAGUGAUAAGAAAUACAAAUGAACAAUGUUGUUAGAAGAGGAAUGGAAUAUAAACAUAUGGACAACUUGCUACAAUUGUACAGGGUGUUGGUGAGACCACAUUUGGAGAAAUGUUUACCAUGUGGUCUUUUACUUGAGAAAACAUGUAAUUGCAAUAGAAGCAUAUUGUAGAAACAUAUGAAAUAGGAGCAGAAGACAACCAUUUGGUCUCUCGAGCCUGCUCCACCCUUCAAUAAUUUGUAUUUAAAAUCCCACAUUUCCAGCAAUUUGAUAACUGGGUUAUAGUGGAUGAAUUAAGAGGAGGAUAGUAAUGAAAAACUGGAUGUUGUUGAUGAAUGUGUGAACAUACUGACAAUGUGCUAUUGGAUAAUGCUGCAGAGUAGCACCAUGCAAAUGAAAAUUUGCAUAAAACCUUGACACAACAGUGGGAAGAGAAGUUACUGGCAGUGAUAUUCUGACUAUGGUUAGAUAGAUGAGAACAGGGGAGGCAAACCAAUGUUCUGAAAUACUGGAAAACAAUGCAGCCAACUGAAAAUAUCUGCGGAACUGAAACUCUUUUAACCUUCUGGAACAGAAUCCAGAUAUCAAUCCUCAAAGAUAAUGGACAGUGAGCUGAAGUCUCCAUCUAAUUCUACAUAUUCCACAGGGAGAGAUGGAAGAGAACUGAAAUAGGUAGAAUUUUUUUACAGCUGCAGCCAUCUGCACAUGACUUUGUGCACUGAAAAGUACCCAAAAAAUUUCCAUGUUAAAAUUGCAAAGAGCCAUGUAAUUCAGGCCACUGAAAAAACAAUUUUUGUUUGGUUCUCAAACUCUGCAUAUUUGGCAAAUAUAAUGUUAAAAGCAUUUUGUGAAACAGUGCUGAACUACAUGCAAAAUGGGUCUCUGUCCUUAUAAUAUAACUAUUUAUCUCCAAAGUCUAAAAAUGGAACUGAUUAAACGUAAGUUUUAAUCAUAUAAAUAGCAAUGUUAGCAAGUCACGAAGAAUUUCUAUAAAAUUAAUGCAAAAAAAGGUUUCACAAUUGUUAGGGCUGCCCAUAACUGAGUACACAAAAUGGCUGUUAAGGCUGCCCAUACACAAAAUGACUGUGACGGUUGCCCACAACUAUUGCUGACAGCAACAUUUUCUCGAGGUCGCAAUUGAUCCAUAAGAAGAUAAAGAAAAAAUAUUUAAUAAGUAGAACAAUAGCAACUCUGUAAGCCAUAGAACAUUUGAAGCUAAAGACAAGAUAACAACAUUUGACAUUUGAUUCAACUCUGUAAGCCAUGGAUAAAACAUUUAACAUUUGCAGUUCACACGAAAGAUAAUAUUUGAACAAUAACACUUUAGACUUCCUCACACUAAUUAGUUGUUUAAUCAAUAAUUAUAGAUUAUACUUAGUUCAUAAAAGGAUUCAAUUAUUAAGGGAGGAAGGAAUGAUGAAACAGUUCCAAGUGAGGAAGAUGUGUGACUUAGAGGAAAGUUUGCAGGUGAAGGUUUCCCAAUGUCCUUCUAGCUGGUAGAGGUUGCAGGUUUGGAAAGUGCUGUCGAAGGAGCCAUGGUGAGUUACUACAGUCCAUCUUGUAGAUGGUACACACUGCUGUCAUUGUGCAUCAGUGGCAAAGGGAGUGAAUGUUGAACGUGGCAGAUGGGAUGAAAAUUGAGCGGGCUCUUUGUCCUCGAUGGUGUCAAAGAUUAUUGAAACAGCAUCCAUUCAGACAAGUGAUGAGUAUUUCUUAACACUCCUGAUGAGACUGGGGACAGGUUUUGGAGAGACAGGAGGUGAGUUACUCACCGCAGAACUUCCAGCCUCUGAUCUGUUUUUUUGUUUAAUUCCUUCACGGAAUGCGAUAGGUAAAUACCAGUUAGGCCAACAUUUAUCACCCAUCCCUAAAUGCCCAGAGGGCAGCUAAGUGUCAGUCAUAUUGCUGUGGGUCUGGAAUCACAUAUAGGCCAGAAACAAUUUUUCUGAAGAAGGGUCUAGGCCCGAAACGUCAGCUUUCCUGCUCCUCUGAUGCUGCUUGGCCUGCUGUGUUCAUCCAGGUCUACACCUUGUUAUCUCAACAGCUAGAUGCAAUUCGUUAGGUUGUAGGUGGGUGAGGGUCUGGAAAUGAGGGAAAUAUAUGUGUGUGGUUAAUGCUUUUUAUCUUCUCCAAAGUGGCAGCAUAUCAGUUGUUCCGUUACUUUGGCAAAUAACCAGACAAAAAUGUACGUAAAGUGGAAGUGAACUGGUUCAAUCAGUGAAGUACCAAGGGUUAACUGACUGGUUCAGGAAAUAGUCUGCACUAUUGGUGAUAUUAUCAGCAGGUGACAUUUAAACAGACAGAAAGAAGAAUGUAAAAAUGUUAAUUGUGACUUUUUAUUGUAUUGUUACCAAGACAAAAUACAAGGAAACCUAGUGCAGAAUUAAAAUUUGGUCAUAAGCCAACCAUAUUACACCUGUUAUGACUGUUCACACGAUGUAAAAAGAUAUAUGCUUUGCUAACAAUAUCAUUAGUCUGGAAGCAGAAAUUAAAUGCAACAUGUCAAUGCUGGCAGAAGCCUAACUUUGUAAAACAUAAAGAGACAAAGUGUUAACGGCCAACAGUUGGCUGAAUCAGGCAUCUGAAAGUUAGCCAGGAUGUUUUCCUCACCCUUCAAAUUCAAAUGUGUUGCACAUCAAAUUGCUGGAAAUGUGGGCUGAUAAUAGGGGCAAUGGGGCACUUAGGACACAAGACCAACAGACUCAAUCAAAAAAUUUAGGGAAUUUUAAACAAACAGGAAUGAUGGAGAAAGAUGUAUUUUAAGGUUAUAUACUUAAAUUAAACUGUCAUUAGAUUUUACUGAAACUCUUGCUCGUUUUCCAUUAGUCUGAUCAUGAAGAGCUCAACACAUACAAUGGACAGUUCUGGUGAACUUGCUAUUAAGUUGUCCAAAAAAGUGAGAUGCAAUUUGUUAUGUUACAGUCUCAAAAUUAGAAAUACAGCUUAAAAACAAAAUAAGUACUUUGAGGGCAAUAAAUUUUAAAUAAUUUGGAAGAUUUACUGAUGACAAUAUGAACACACUCAUUAGAGGAACCGUUAUAUCUUGGAAGAAAAAUUUAUGCAUUCAAGACAGACAGCACAAACCCACAUGCAGGUCUACAUCAGGAAAUGGAACAUUUUAAAGUUCUGUAUCAGUCAAUCAGUUGACAUAUCAUGUAGGUCAACUGGAAGAAGUGUGGUUUGUGACACAUUGUUUAAUAAUUUUUGGAAUUAGAAACAGUAACUUAGAUUUUCAUCAAGAUUGUCAAUAAAGAGUCAGCUAAUAAAAGACAACGUGUAGAAUAAUACAGGACUUUUAUUAUUGAUAUUUUAAUGAAAGGAAUGAUGUUGCUUUCUUACAAAAUUUGACUCAAUUCACUUUGAGUUUGAACUGA